UUUUCUUCUUCCCUACACACACUCCAUUACCAAAUACUAUUUGAUCAAUCAAAAAUCCUCUGUUAGGUUUUAAAAUGAAAAUAUUCUUAUUUUCAUCGUUCUUGAUUUUUCUAAUCAAUUUCACUUCAUUAACAACGUCAUCAAGAACAACGGCUAUUUCCAAAGAUCAAAUAUCAUGCACAAUGUGCUCCUCAUGUGACAAUCCAUGUCAACCUUUGCCCUCUCCUCCGCCUCCAGUUUACAUUCCUCCUCCGCCUCCUCCACCGUCGCCAGCUGUUGUCUCGGAUUGCCCGCCGUCCCCAGAAUCACAAAGUCCAGAUACGUAUUACUAUUCCCCGCCACCUCCAUCAGAGUCUACUAAUGUUUACCCGCCACCUCCGCCUGCAAACGGUGCAGGUGAAUUUUACCCGCCGCCAAACUACGGAAAUUAUCAAGCGCCUCCGCCGCCGAACCCAAUACUACCUUACUUUCCUUUCUAUUAUCACAACCCGCCGCCGUCUUCUUUGAGUUCAUAUUUGGAAAUUCGUUCUGAUUUAUUUUUUAGUAUUCUUUUUGUUUUCUCUAUUAUUUUAUGAAUUUAAUAUUUCAAUUAACAAUUAGAGAAAUACUAAUACCUCUUCAAGG